ACGAGGAGAUUCCGUUCACCUGUCCUUAUCUAUUACACGACGAUCACGAGUACAUGUAUAUAUAUGUAUCACGGGAAGGAGGGGACAGACGAAAUAUCAGACGAGGAGUGACCGUGUGGGGUGUACGACACAUUAUUAUGUUAUAUGCAUGCGACGUCGCCCGUGACACCGUGUCGUGUAAAGUGUAAUAAAGAGCGGUGUAAAAGAGAGCGCGCGAUACCUUCUCAACGCGCUUAUCAUCAUCAUCAUCGUUAUGGCUCCGUUCGCGUGGACCUUCCGUGGCAACAUCAACCGGUUUUUCAUCGACGCGCAAAUCUUGCAGUAUUUGAUCGUGCUAGUUGGCUUGUUCAAUCUCUCUCUCUGCCUCUACGAGGAUCAAGUCGGCAAAUUCGAUUGGAGACAGAACUAUGUCGGCAAAAUUAAAUUCGCCAGUUUCGACACGGUGUCUACGGCGAAAAAAAUCAUCGUCGCCACCGAAGAGAACGUCAUCGCCGCGCUUAAUCUGAAAUCAGGCCAGAUAUUAUGGAGGAGAGUGUUGGAAAAAGGUUAUGGUGGACAUAUCAGAACUCUAGGAGGUGUCGCUGAUGGGGAUCUGAUAUCUGUAAGUGGAGGUGUUCCUGCCAUUGUGCGCGCUUGGGAUUUGGCAACUGGGCAUAUACUUAACGAGUGGCCAAUAGCUGAGCCAAAUACCGAUAGGAUAAAGGAUGUAAAAUGGCAUAUUAAAGAUGGAACGUUACAUCAUAUACUACCUAUUUAUAAUAGCGGAGUUGAAGUAACAUCUUAUGAUAGUAAAACAGGAGAAAAAUUAAAGACUCGAAGGGUUUCUGCACCAUUUAUAAGUCAAGAAACAGAAUGCGUUCUGGCAGCUCCAUAUUUAGCAUGUUUGAAGGGAGACAGUUCUUUAGCUGUAGUGUUCCUAGUACAUCUAUUUGAUACUAAUGCACAGCCACAGUCAGUUACGAUCAAUACAAUAUUCGGGGCUGGCGCACAAGGGCCAUAUAAACUAGAAUCUGUACUUGGAGAGGAACCUGUAAUUUCCAUUAAUGCCGAUAACGACCAAAGAAAGCGGAUUCUAAUUAUCGGAGAACUUCCGAUUCCUAUACAGAGAGAUAUCGCUGGUGAUGCAACGCUUUAUGUUGUUUCUAUUGAUAAUGAGAAAGUACUUUUGGAAACAACAUAUAAAAAUGGAAGAAUAGAAAUAGCGGCUACAGAUCUCUCGUCGUCCACACCUUUACCUGAUUUAUCGGUCACGUUAACACACACUUCUAUACAAUCCCCGGCCAUAAUGGCAUCUGUUUGUCCGCGUCAAACGAAAGGAAUAACAUGCCGUCAUUUGUUAUCUUCGCAAGAUCACAGCAUUGCGCUAUUGCAACAUAAUAAACUGGUAUGGGCGAGAGAAGAAGCACUUGCCAGUAUUGUAGCCGUUGAAAUUAUAGAGUUGCCCAUGUCCGAUAGAGAUCAAGCUAUCGAAACGGAAUUCGAUCAGAAAGAGAGUAUUGAUGUAGACAGUUCAUGGGAUGUGCUAAGUAUGUUUCUACGAAGGAUUACUUCUCAAAUUAAUCAAGCCAGAGCAUUCUUUCAAACGAUACUGGAUUUAGGACCUCAGCAAUCUAAUCAACGUAUCGAUCUCGUGCGAGAUAAGUUCGGCCUGCACAAAAUGAUCGUAGCCGUUACGUCCGCUGGCAAGUUGUAUGGUAUUGAAACUAGGAGAGGUGAAAUUAUCUGGCAACUCAGACUACCUAACAUCCGUGGUUUUACAAAACUGUCUAAUAUAAUGAUCUUAUAUGUACAAAGAGGUAGCAGACACUUUCCUCAUCCACCUCAAUGUGCAUUAUUAGCAGAAGACAAGGAAACUGGAGAAGGUGUUGUAUACACUUUUAAUCCGAUUACCGGACAGCCAUUGGACGGACUGGUGAAACUUGGGUACAAAAUUAAGCAGUCUAUGCUACUGCACGUAACGACCGAUGACUUCUUGCGCAGUAUCCUGAUUCUUGACGCACGAGAUAAAGUUCACGUUUAUCCCGACAGCGCUAUCACAGUUGCGGCUUCACUAGGCAAGAGUACAUAUCUCUUUACUGCUGAUCAAACGACAGGAAUAUUGUCCGGCUUCUCUCUUUCAUACAGCACGACUCAGGAACUAAUCGCUCACAAGGUGUGGGAGUUGUUACUAUCGCCGAGAAAUCAAAGAAUAACGCAAGUUGCGGCGAAAAAUCCGAUAGAACGCGUGCACUCACAGGGGAGGGUCUUAAGUGACAGAUCGGUAUUGUAUAAAUACAUUAAUCCUAAUUUAGUGGCUGUGGUGACAGAAGGUAUCGGACAUGCCCAUAAAAAUACACUUAAUUUAUAUCUAUUGGAUGUAGUAUCCGGGGCUAUGAUUUUCUCCAUCACGCACAAGAGAGUACGCGGUCCAAUCCAUAUUGUGCACUCGGAAAAUUGGUUGGUAUAUGGUUAUUUUAACGAGAAAGGACGUAGAACGGAGAUUGCUACAUUAGAACUCUACGAAGGAAAAAUACAGAGUAACACCACAGUAUUUUCUUCUUUAGCAACAACAAAAUUGCCAAUUGUAGAAAGACAAGCUUUUAUAUUUCCGGCAUCUAUAGAAUAUAUGCAGGAAACAAUCACUGAAAAGGGUAUUACUAGCAAACAUAUAAUAGUUGCUUUAGCCAAUGGUGGAGUAUUAGAGUUGCCGUGGAUGAUGGUGGAUCCACGACGGCCUACUAAUCCUGAAAUGCGAGAAGAAGGAGUAAUACCAUAUAUGCCCGAAAUUCCAAUCCAUAUGGAUGCUAUUAUUAAUUAUAAUCAAAGCGUUUCUAGGGUUACGGGUAUUCAUACUAGUCCCAGUGGCCUUGAAAGUACUUGUUUAGUUUUUGUACAUGGUCUUGACCUGUUUUACACAAGAGUGGCACCAUCUAAAACAUUCGACGUCCUAAAGGAGGACUUUGACUAUUAUCUUAUUGUGAUAGUACUCGCGGCGUUGUUGAUCUCAUCGUACAUCACCAAAAAAUUAGCAUCCCAAAAAGCUCAGAAACAAGCGUGGAAAUGAUGCUUCUCUUUUCUAGAAUCGUGUAAUAUUUAUGAAUCUGUUCACUAUAGGCAAAAAAAUUUUUGCUAAAAAUAACUUGUAAAAUAUACUGUUUUAUAAAUAGCUAAUUUUAAAGAACUAACGCGUAAAUGCUCUAAUACUUUAUCAUCUCUUACCUAAAAACAUUUGUAUCUUAAAUCUUAAAUAAAAAAAACAAUAUAUAUAUAUAUAUAUUCUUUGAUAGUACAGAAAAUGUGAAUACAUAUUGCAAUAAAAUUUUUCUGAAUCUUUCAAACUAUGCUGAUCAGUAUAUGAUAAGAACGGACCAUAUGGUCAUCGAUCAUUAAACUACAUAUAAAUAAUUGAUAACAUACUCAAAGCUUGUAAUUGCUGUUUUAUUAAUUGUACAGCAAUGAUUGUAAAAGGCACGACAUAUUUCUUUCGAGAUACCUGUAAUUCUUCGAUAUAAAUCAAAGCAGAAAUCACCAAUUUAUAAAUAUAAAUAAAAUUACAAUCAUAACUUGCAUUUCACAGUGAGAAUAUUAAAAUAUUAAUGUAUAUGAUACUGAACAAUGCGUUGAAAGAUAUAUAUAAAAUAUUUGCUUAAUACACAAAAAGAAAAUAUGUGACUGUCUUAUAUUAAAUGAUAUAAUCUAAUUUACAAAUAAAUAUUGUUUAUAUGAUUUCAGAUUCGCGAUUAUGAAAUAAUCUAGAAUCUUUUUGAAGAACAGUAUAUUUUGCAUUUAUCUCUGUGUACCUGUAAUUCAUAAUUCUUUGUAACAUAUUGUAUGUAAGGAGUUUAUGCACUUUAUAUACACUUGUAUAUUUGAAAUUUCUUGCAAAGUAUCCUCUUUAAGCUCAAUUUUACAAACAGAUAAAUUUCCUUAAAAAAAUAUCAUUUAUAAUAUUUGCAAGAAAUAUCAUGUAAAGAAAUGUGAUGAUCUUAUAAAAGAAUUCUUUAUUGUAGAAAUGUUUCCCUAGUUUGAUGAAAAAUUUAUCUUUGAAUAUUUUUAUUGCUUAUCACUUGAAGUGUAUAUUAUCUCUCUUCAACUUCAGAAAAUUAAAUAAUAUUCUAUUGAAAGAACGAAAAA